GCAGCGGGAGGCGGUGCCGGCGGUCGGUCGGUCUGAGCCGGGGGCUUCCCCUCGGCCGCACGGCGGGGCGGGGCGGGCUGGGCCGGGCCCGGCGGGAGAUGAGCGGCCGCCCUUGAACCGGAGCCGCUCGCUCGCUCGCUGCCAUGGGGCCGUGCCCGGGCCGGGCUCCGCAGCGCGUGUAGCGGCGGGCGGAGGAGCCCCCGGGGGCCUUCCUCGCCGCCCAUGGCCCCGCGCCGCGCCUGGUGAGGGCCGCGCCCUGCAGCGCGCUACGCCGGGCCGGGCGAGGCGGCGGCGGCGGCGGCGAUGGGCAACACCACGUCGUGCUGCGUGUCGGCCAGCCCCAAGCUGCGCAGGAAUGCGCACUCCCGCCUCGAGUCCUACCGGCCCGAGGCCGAGCUGAGCCGCGACGACACGGGCUGCAACCUGCAGCACAUCAGCGACCGCGAGAACAUGGACGAUUUGAACAUGGAGUUCAACCCAUCAGAUCACCCACGGGCCAGCACAAUAUUCCUCAGUAAAUCUCAAACAGAUGUGAGAGAAAAACGCAAGAGUCUCUAUAUAAACCACCACCCUCCUGGGCAACUAAAAAGGAAGUACAGUUCUUGCUCCACUAUUUUCCUGGAUGACAGCACGGUCAGUCAACCAAACCUCAAGUAUACAAUUAAAUGUGUAGCUCUUGCAAUAUAUUACCACAUCAAAAACAGGGACACAGAUGGAAGAAUGCUCUUAGAUAUUUUUGAUGAAAACCUCCACCCCCUUUCGAAAUCCGAAGUGCCACCAGAUUAUGACAAACACGACCCAGAGCAGAAACAGAUUUACCGCUUUGUUCGGACGUUGUUCAGUGCUGCUCAACUGACCGCUGAAUGUGCCAUUGUCACCCUGGUAUAUCUUGAAAGACUUUUAACAUACGCAGAAAUCGACAUUUGUCCAGCAAACUGGAAGCGAAUUGUACUGGGCGCAAUUCUACUGGCAUCCAAAGUUUGGGACGACCAGGCAGUGUGGAAUGUGGAUUACUGCCAGAUCCUGAAAGAUAUCACAGUUGAGGACAUGAAUGAACUGGAGCGCCAGUUCCUUGAGUUGUUACAGUUCAACAUUAAUGUUCCUUCCAGUGUUUAUGCCAAGUAUUAUUUUGAUUUACGUUUCCUGGCAGAAGCAAAUAACCUGAGCUUUCCUUUGGAACCUCUCAGCAGGGAAAGGGCAUACAAACUUGAGGCUAUUUCCUGCUUGUGUGAAGAUAAAUAUAAGGACUUCAGGAAAUCUGCCAAGAAACGGUCAGUCAGUGCUGACAAUCUGACUGUGGUUAGAUGGUCCCCUGCGAUCAUCUCCUAACAGCGGAGCCAGGAUAUUCCUACAGAAGUACUGUUUCUUCCAUCCAGUUUUGGGGGGGUGGGUUAGGGAAAAAACAAGACUUUUGAUUUUUUUUAUUUUUAGAUCUGUCAAGCUGCCUUUACAGUGCCUCCCCAUUGUGUAGCACACAAGAAUAAAAUAUUGAGUGGAAGGAUACGAGAAAGAAGAAAUUUAUUUUUUGUCACUGUCACUAAGCUUUACAUUUUUGUGAGGAAACAGUGAAUUGAAUGCUUGGAAGAGGAAACAAAAAAAAUGGAGUAGAGGCCGAAAGAAAUUUGAGGUCGGUGCCAUUUUUUUUUAUUUGCUGUGCUCUUCAACAGAAACGACGGCAUGAAAAUAAGCCACGUGAUCAGUUUGACAGCGCACUAGAGGAUUGGGGCUGGGAAGGGUUCAAUUUAAAUUUUUCUCCUUAGUAUCUUUCUUAUUCCUCUUCUGCUUCCCUGGGUUACUUUUCUGUCUUUCCUUCUGCACAGCAGCAAAUACAAAGUUUGUAUCUACGGUAGCACAACCCUCUGAAUAAAUAGUAUCAGUUGGUUUUUUUUUCACUGCACUUUUCUCCAUAAGCUGUGUGAUUAGCAUUAUUCUUCAUAAUUAUUAUGCAUAUGUUAUGUUCCCCAUAUGCCUUUUAUUGUACUUUAAAAAAAAAUAACUUGACCACAGUGCUGAACCAAAAGUGUAUACAAGGAUCAGAUGAUCGUUCAUAAUGUCAUGAUGUAUUUUAUUUAUAGUAUAUGUGGGUGUGUGUGCCUUCCUGAGUUCUUGGAAUCAUGUAUUUUUCUUUGAUAUAAAGAUACAGUGGUGAAAGUGUUCAGGUGAUGAGACUUGGGCCAAAUUGCUAAAAUUUGCAUCACUCAUGUGGUCCAUUCUUCAGAUUUCAUAGUAUUAGAUGUUUAACAGAUUUCGGUCUGAAGGAAAUUUAUUUUGUAUGGCCUGACUCGUUCAUUCCUUCACCUCCAAGUCCAUUGUUGCAAGCAAUAUCCUCAAUUUUUAUAUGUUUACUUUAAAUCAAGUUAGUCUGUUUGUAUAAAAUAAAAAAACUUAAAAAAAAAAAAAGCUUUGUUCCAGUGAAAAAGGUCCAUAGAAAAGCAGAAUGUUAAUCUUAUCAAGGUAUUUAUCACAGUAGAUCAGAUUUUAAGAGUAUAAAAUAAACCUUUGCAUUUUUCAGUGUAGGUGCUUAUAAAAUUUAAACAAAAUUUAAACUGUGAACACCAUUUUCUGCUUUGAUUAUUAUACUUUACUGUUUGUUGUUAUUAGUUUCCACUUCUUACUAUGCCAGUUACCCUCAUGAGAUACACAAGAACCUUUUAUAACAAAUAUUGUAUUUGUGUAAAAACAUUUGCUUUAUAAUGCUUGUGUGUCAGAUUUUAUAAAGUUUUUUGCACAAUUUAGAAAGAAGAAAAAUCUGAGUUUUCUGAAUUCCUUUCUUUGCAAGUAUCAUUGAAAUGAAGGGCAGCAGACUUCUCAUGUUUGACCUGAUUUUAUGCACUACUACUUUAAACCAUAAAGAUUCCAUAUCAGAUUUUAAUAAGUCCUACAGGCUUAUAGCAGACCUUUGGGCCCAUAAACGCACUUUGUUUCCAGUGCAGUGCUGAUCAGAUGCCUUGAAAAUGGAGAGGCACUGAAAAGAUUGAAAUACUAAUACCAAACAGUUUUCUAUUAAUUUUCUAAUGUGACUUGUGUAUGAGACAUGAAGGUUUUGUCCAUAAAUUGUCCUGAUGUCUUUCAGGCCUUUAAAAUAAUCUAAUUCUCAUCCUUCAUUGAUGUGCCAAUGCAUCAGAACUGUGAGUACCUGUUAGCUUUUACCUUGAAUAUGGAAUGUAAGAAUGAAACAGAAGCAAACAAAAAAGAAAGCAUUUAAAAUGCUUUGACAAAUAAGUAAAAAAAAAAAACCAUUUUCAUAGCGUUUGAAAUGUAUCCCUUCCAAGCAUAAAUUUAGGUUUCACCAAUAUUUAAGAUGUUUUGAUUUUUCAACACUUUGCAGAACUAUUUUCAGUUAACUUCUUAGCAGGAAUAAUGGUUUAAUCCAUUUUUUUGAGUGAUAGAGAGAUGAGCUUUGAAUUAUGUAAAGAUCUCAGUACAUCUUCUAUAAUUUUUGUGGAGUUUAUUAAACUACUUUAAAGAUGUAUAGUCUAUUUAUUGUAUGUAUGUACAUACAGUCUGAUACUUAAAAAAAAAAAAAAAAAAAAAAAGUGGAUUCCGUAAAACCUGGCUCAGUCUUGUUUAGACUAUUGAAUAUCGUUUUAGCCUUGUGCACUGGACUCUACCUCUGUAUAGGAGAAUUUUUUCCAUAUUCUUAAUUAGUACUGAUUCUGUGAUUAACUUGGUUAUGUUUCUUGCACUAAGAAUUAAAAAACAAAAUCUGCUGUAAGUGUGGAUUUUUUUCUUUAGUUUCAGUUUUGUAGUUUGGAUCACUUAUACCUAGAAGGACAUUUCUUUCCCUCAUGGGUAUAGAAUUCUUCUUUCUGCUCUGGUCUGUUCUAAAUUUGCCAAAAAAUACAGUACCUAUGAAUUAAUCUUAGUGAGUGUAAUUUGUUUGCAAAGGAUUAAUACCAUGUAAUUAAAGGUUGAUUAUUUAGGAUUA